AUGCACACUAAUGAGGUUCCUGAAAGUGAGCGUGAAGUCUAUAAUGCUUUGAUUAAAAUUCGUGCUAGGCUCAGUGUAUUGAAAAAUAAUCGCAAAGAAUUCAUGAAAUCGCAGGACGUGAAGAAGGCAUAUGAUGAAGUUCUUAGCGAAUACAACAAGUUAAAAGAAAUCCGGUCUCAUUAUCCAACUAACUCCUCAAAGUCAAGGGAUAAGAGUCGUCGUCGCUCUAGCAUCAGCGCCCUUGUUGCCAAUGGUGGUCCAGUUCAUAAUAAGGUCGACCUGAUAGUUGAUGAGAAUUUCCAGUUGUUGUCCCUUAGUUUCAUGACGGUUGGUCUCACUAAGACUGCCCCAGCAACUUAUGCUUCUUUAUCCACAGUUCAAAGGUUAUUGGAGCAUCUUGUGGAGUCUAAAGUUUACACUAAACAUGAUUUGAAACCAAUCAAGGACAGACUUGAUGAAAUCUCCGUCAUCAUUAAAGAAGAUGACUUUCAUAAAUUCGGUCCUGAAGGUUCUAAUCUGAAUCAAAGCUUCAAUGCUGAGCAAGAUUUAUUAGCUCAGAAAUUGAAGCAUUGUGUUGCUGAAUAUAACGUGGUUGAAAAAAAUAUUGAUGAAAUCUCCCCAGAGUUAACCCCAUAUCUUGAUGAAUUGAUUGGAUUAAGAAGAUUGCUCAUGGCUCUCGUUACCAGGCGCGACGAUGAUGCUUUUGAUGAUAAUGACUUUGAUGACUUACUUAAGAAAUAUGAGGUCAAUUUGAAAGAUCUCGAAAAGCAUCGUGAUGAAAAUGGGGCAUUCUUGACUAAGGAUGAUAAAGAAAUUCAAGAUCAGAAAGGGCAAGUUGUGCUUAAUGGAUUAUUGGACGAAUGUCAUAAUAUUAUAAAUGAUUUGACUAUUGCUAAAACUGAUUCUACCGCACAGGUAUCUCUUAUUGAUAAGGAAUUAUUGCCAUUGUUCCAAAAACUUGUGAAAAUCAAAGUCUCGUUGGAGAACCUUCUUGUCACCCGCCGUUGGACUUUGCGUGAAACGGACCUUUUCAACUUCCAAAGAGAAUUACAAAAAAUUGAUGACCUUAGAGUUGAUGGGAAAUUCCGCAACCCUAGUACACAUGAGCCGUAUGCAAAAGGUCAAACGAUGUUGUUAUAUCUUCUUAGACGGUGUUAUGCUAUCAUAUAUAAGCUUUUGGAAUCCUCAGAACCAGUUUCUGAAGCUCUACAACCCGUUCAUAACCAACUUUCUACGGUUCGUCGUUGUCUUCUUGAUGUUAAGAGAAUGGGAGGCAUUAAUUCAACUCGUGAAUUGUAUCCUUAUCAAAUGAAAUUGGCGUCGAUCGAUGAUGUUCGGGUCGAUGGGAAAUUCAUUGUUGAUGGGCAAAUCCCUGAAGGUCAAGGAACUUUGAAUGCCUUACUUGCCGAGUGUUAUGAUAUUUGUUACGAAUUGAGAGUUGAAUUGGACGAAAACAAUGAGAAUGGUGAAGAUGAUGAAGAUUACGAAGAUGAAGAUGAAAACAGGGAAGAAAGGCAAUAUGAUGAAUUAGAAGAAGAAGAUUAUGAUGAUGACACCCAUAAGAAUUUGAUGGCUGCCAGUGAUUACGAGUAUGAUAGUUAUUUACCAAGUGAAAAUGUUACUGAUAACGAAAUGACUGGAUCUCUAAAAUGA